UCUGCCGGCUCAGCUCAACGCGGAGACCACCACGACCGCCACCUCCGUCCCCCCACGGCCCACCCUCUUCUUCGCCUCUUCUCCCCUUCAGAGUCAAACCACGCUUCCCUUCCUUGUAAUCUUCGCAAGAAGAAGAAGAACAAACAACGGCAACAACAAGGCCAGCAGGCUCCCAGCUCCCCUCAUUCCCCGUCCCCAUUCUCUUCUCCACCGUCCCGGAGCCUCCCAGCGGGGAACGCAAGGUAAAAGGGCGCGCCUUUUUUUGGGAGUUGGGCUCUUGGUCGUCGGUGGGCUGCGGUUUCCCGGCGAGAUUUCUUUGGUCCGGCGGAGGGGGUGCGUGGGAUGAACAGCAGCGGCGGCGCUGGGUCGAGCGCCGGCGGAUCCGGGGACGGCGGCGCGCCCAGGAGGGCCUCCAGGAAGCCCAAGUAUUCCAAAUUCACGCAACAGGAGCUCCCGGCUUGCAAGCCAAUUCUUACUCCCAAAUGGGUCAUUUCAGUAUUUGUUCUUGUUGGCGUCAUUUUUGUCCCGAUCGGUGUUGCUGCGCUGCUAGCUUCGCAUCAGGUUGUUGAGAUCGUUGACCGGUAUGAUGAUGAAUGUGUCCCUUCUAAUGUUACUGACAAGCUCGCCUACAUCCAGAAUGACAGAAUACCCAAAAUAUGUGAAAGAACUCUGACGGUUCCAAAGGAUAUGAAGCAGCCAAUUUUUGUGUAUUACCAGUUGAAUAACUUCUACCAGAAUCAUAGGAGAUAUGUGAAGAGCCGGAAUGAUGCACAGCUAAGAGAUGCUAGUAAGGCAAAUGUGACUGACUUUUGUGAUCCAGAGAGGGCUGGAUCAGAUGGAAAGGCAAUCGUCCCUUGUGGUCUGAUUGCAUGGAGCACAUUCAAUGAUACAUAUAUCUUCAAGCACAACAGUAAUAACUUAUCUGUGGACAAGAAAGACAUCUCUUGGAAGAGUGACAGGGAUCACAAAUUUGGGAAGGAUGUAUUUCCAAAGAACUUCCAGCAAGGUCCUCUUAAAGGUGGAAAAUCACUUGAUCCAAACGUACCGCUGAGUGAGCAAGAGGACCUUAUUGUUUGGAUGCGUACUGCCGCACUUCCUACGUUCAGAAAGCUGUAUGGUAGGAUAUAUGUUGACCUCAAGGAAAAUGAUACUAUUACAGUUACACUGGAGAACAACUACAAUACAUAUAGCUUUGGUGGCAAAAAGAAAUUGGUGCUUUCCACCUCGACCUGGCUUGGUGGAAAGAAUGAUUUUCUUGGUCUUGCAUAUCUCACUGUUGGUGGACUUUGUUUCUUUUUGGCAUUUGCAUUCACUUUGCUGUACUUGAUAAAGCCAAGGAAAUUGGGAGAUAACAAUUACUUGUCAUGGAACAAAAGCCCUGCAGGCCACUGAUACGCUCUUGGAGGUUGAUUUCCGCAUUCAACAUCGAGCAAUUGGUCAUACGAUUAAAAUGUAUCUUGUACUAAAUAGCCAUUUUUAUUUCAAGCUCUUGUUGAGCACAUGUACCAAAUAGGUCUCUGUUUGAGCAACACGGGUCAGAUGUACAUUAUAGUGAAACAAUAUAUACACCUUUCUUUUGUUGGAAAUUACAUUCCCAGAAGGGAAAUAAAUCUAUGGAAUGGUCAGAUCCU